AUGUCUUCUGCAGCAGCUGAACCUGAACAGAGAGAACAAGCCAUAUUUUUCCAGCAGCAGCAGCAGCAACAGCAACAGCAACAGCAGCCGCGGCAACAGCAGCAGCGACAGCAGAAGCAGCACCAUAAGCAGCAAAAUGACGACAACUCAGAGGCAGAGCAGCAGCAGCAGCAGCAGCAGCGGCAGCAGCACAAGGGAGACAACUCUCCAUGGGGAGGGUCUGAGGUGAAGCCCGAGCAGCGUCGUAGGACGCAGCUGCAGCAGCAGCAGCAGCAGCUGCAGCAGCAGCAGCCCCAGCAGCAGCAGGAAGUUUACCAUGAGCCUCUGCAGUUGCUGCAGAGGCAGACGCAAAGGGAGCCAUCCGCACAAGAACCCGAGCAGCAACAACAGCAGCAACCGCAGCAGCAGCAGCUGCUGCUGCUGCAGCGGCAGAGGCCUCGCACAAUAGGCCACUCUUCACUUAAAGAGGCAAGAUCCGCUGCUGCUGCUGCUGCUGCGGCUGCUGCUCUCUCUGCUGCAGAAACACCCGAAGCACUGCCGCGGGGCCUAAAGAAGGGCCUCAGUCUUCCGGCUAAUCUGCCUGCGGCAGCCUCCGUGCUGCAGCAGCAGCAGCAGCAGCAGCAGUACAAGCAGCACCAAAGGCAGCGCCGCAGACUCAUGCGCAGAAUGCAGCCGCCCCCGCUGUCUCCAGCAAAAAGACAAAUGGGGGACAGCACGGGAAAGGUCAAGGGGAAGCCGCUGGGAGCAGCAGCAGCAGCAGCAGCAGCAGCUGCUGCUGCUGCUGGAAGCUGCGGCAAGCAGCAGAGAGCGCAGCAGGCAGCAGCAGCCGCCCGCAGCGCAGCGCUGCAGUGGCCGGCGCUCGAGUCGCCCUCGUCAGACUGCCUUGCUGCUGCUGUUGCUUCGGAGCAGCAAGGUAAGCAGCAGCAGCAGCAGCAGCUCCUCUUGAGACAGCUGCCAGCGCGGCUGGCUUUGCUGCAGCAGCGCCAGCAGAAGCAGCAGCAGAAGCAGCAGGCGGCGCAGCAGGUCGGGCAGCAGCAGGGGUCACAGCAGCAGCAGCUGCAGGAGCUGCUGCAGCUGCAGACCCAGCGCCCGCAGCAGCUGCAGCAGCAGCAGCAGCAGCCAGCCUUCUCUUACGGCACUCUCCGCAAGAAGCCACCAAGCCGCUGGAAAAGGCCUUCGCCCUUUGGACUUCGAGUUGACUUUCCUGUCAAUCCGCUGCUGCAGCCGCUGCUGCUGGACAC